AUGAGCCAGUCGCAAAACGGGUGGAAUAUGGACCGCCCCAGAGCAGGCUCUGUCAAGCGCGCCCGGGAGCAAGCGGCCACGGCCCAGGGAAGAGCGCCUCGCAGGCCGCCACCGCCGCCGUCGUCAGCGACGCCCACGAUGCCGGCCGCGACGCCGUUGGAGGAUGGCUCCUCCUCACCCCGGGGCUAUCUCAGCCCACCGCCUCGUCGCCACAUGCCUCCGCCCUCGCAACCGCCGCCCACCAUACAGCUCCCCCCAGCACCCCCGUCACGAGCCAGAGUGCCGCCUGGAUCCGAGGGGAAGAGUGGCAUCUCGAGGCCCUCCCAGGCGCCUCAGUGGCCGCUACCACCAGGCUCCCCCCUCACCCCUGUUAACAACAAGAGCAGCAGCAGUACCAGCAACAGCAACAACUACCAAAAUGAUUAUUUUCAGCCUCGUCAACCUGACCGACCAACACAAGCCCCUCCCAGGCCGCUCCAAGCGCCGGCCCGACCCGCUCGCCCCAGUCGCAUCCCUUCGAUGGUGGACAAGACCGGGCCUCAAGAGCCAACACCCGUCUUUCGGAACCCCCAGCAGGCGUCAGACUCACAGGAUGUGAUGGAGCAGGGACUGUCGCCACCAAUGUCCGCUACGCCAGCCACCCCGAUCUCGAGACUGACAACGUCGUCUGUCGGCAGCAUACCCGAGUUCCCAACACCCGGAGCCAGCACCCGCGCCAGCCAGGAGCCCCCGGCGCAGCAGAUGCCCAUGCCCCCGCGACGAAGCGUCAAUCUGGGGCCGCCGCCUGCCGGUCGACGCGGGCCCUCUUCGUACUAUUCCAACGCUACUUUUGUCUCGCCCAUUCCCGAGGAGAGUACACGGUCACACGGCUCGUAUGCCUCGAGCGCGGCGAUACCCGGCGUCUGGAACCCGGCCUCACCCCUGACCCCCACUACGUACGACCAUAGCUACACGGACUCGUACUACGACGACUCGGUGACGGACAAGAGCCGGGACUCGCAAGGCGACGACUUUGGCGACGAGAGCAAGCUGGUGCGCAGCGCGAGUGUCGGCAAAAAGGGCAAGGCGGCUCUGGUGGAUAACAAACCAGGUGCCACUACGUCGGGAGCGUCCACCGAGGCGGCAUCAGCUGCUGCGCCCGCGCGACCAUUGGCGCAACCCGUGCAGCCAUUCGCCACUGGCACUGGCUACAUUGAGGACAGCACCAGUUCGGAGACGAUCCGCACAGCGCAAAGGAGCAAGGAAGCACAGCCGACUGUCGAAAAAGAACCACAGCUCUUGAUGCCCGUCGCAUACAAUGCCACGCCGCCUCUCCGGAGCCCUUCGGCAUCCCCAUUGCCCGUCCCUGAGCGCUCCUGGUCGAAGCGCAUAUCGGGCAUCAAGCGCCCACCCAACCUGGACAUUGACGCUGUCCGCGCCGCCGAGGCCAGGGGCAGCAUCACCAGCCUACCUGACCUCAUCAAGCGCGCGACAAGGCUGGCCGCCAUGAUCGAGAGGGGCAAGCGCCCAGCCAGUCGAUUCGAGAACUUUACUGACUACCUCGACAAGCCGCGCGGCGGCGACGGCGACGGCGACGGCGAUUCUUCCUUCAACGACCGCCACCAGUCCGGUCUGUCCGACAUGCUCGCGGCGUUCCCCCCGCCGGGACACCAGCAAAGGACGUCGCCCAACGGGCAAGCCCGUCGCAGUAGGACCUCCUGGUUCCGCAACACGUCUUGGCCCCUGAUUCCUGGCGCCAAGGACGACCAAGGACAACACGACGGUGCACACAACGAAGUGGGUCCGCCAGGAGCAACAGCAGCAGCAACGGCAGAGAAACCUCGACCCGUCCGUCGCAAGUGCUGCGGCAUGCCCCCCUGGGCCUUUGUGCUCCUGAUGAUCCUCCUCCUCUGCGCCAUCGCGGCCGCCAUUGUCGUGCCGCUGCAGUUCUUCGUCUUCAAGACGCUCGGGAACCACCCGACGCCCCUGUCCGCGCUCGACCAGUGCAAGGCCGACCUUGUCUGCCGGAACGGCGGGACCAACGUGCUCUCCCAGGGGACGUGCGCGUGCAUCUGUACCAACGGCUUCACUGGCGCCGACUGCGGCGCCCAGGAAGAGAUUGUGGACGACAGCGACGAGUUGGACGAGGCCACGGGUGUCGCGUCCCGGUCUGAAGCGUCGUCCAAAGAGGAUGAGUUGACGUUUGACGUGACCGAGGAGGUGCUCGACUUUGCACGCGUCGCGGUCCUGUACAUCCUGCAGGAAGCGGCGGCGAGCGACGCCGAGGCAGCACAGACCAGUCUCCAGCGGUUUUUUAGCGGUGGGCAGGCUAUACCGUCGGCCAUUUCGCAGAAGGAUGCGCAAAAUGUGACGGUGGGCGCCAAGGACCACACUGUCAACCUGGUGGACUUUGGCAUCGACUUGGGGGAUGGAGUGGUCGGCAAGGCAUCCUCGUCCAAGAGUCGGAGGACGAUACGUCGCACAAGCAGUAGGAGCAGUCAUUCUCGGCAUUUUGGGUUAUGA